GCGAACGUGUUCGGCCGCCCCGCGGAUGUGCUUGUCGCCGCCGCCGCCGCCGCCAGGGCUCAGCUUGUAAGGAGCAGGUGCUCCGGAGUCUCCCCCGGGCCACCGCUUCUCUCUCCGGGAGUGGAGGGGUGGGGAGAAGGAGGUCAUGUCGAGCGAGAAGCCGCUCUCGCCACCGCCGGGCUCCACUUCCUCGCUCGCGGCCGCCGACUCACCGCCGCCGCCGGCCGCCAAGGAGAGGAUGGUGUCCUCAGCCGGCUCCAUGGUCCUCCCGGCCGGCGUCAUCAACCCCGCCGUGCCGAUCAGGAAUAUCCAGAUGAAAUUCGCCGUGCUGGUGGGCCUGAUCCAGGUCGGGGAAGUCAGCAACCGGGACAUCGUGGAGACGGUCCUCAACCUGCUGGUGGGCGGCGAGUUCGACCUGGAGAUGAACUUCAUCAUCCAGGAGGCGGAGAGCAUCGGCUGCAUGGUGGAGCUGCUGUCCCACUGCGAGGUGACGUGCCAGGCGGAGAUCUGGAGCAUGUUCACCGCCAUCCUGCGCAAGAGCGUGCGCAACCUGCAGACCAGCACGGAGGUGGGCCUCAUCCAGCAGGUGCUGCUCAAGAUGAGCGCCGUGGACGACAUGAUCGCAGACCUGCUGGUGGACAUGUUGGGAGUGAUGGCCAGUUACAGCAUCACAGUCAAAGAACUGAAGCUGCUCUUCAGCAUGCUGAGGGGCGACAAUGGCAUCUGGCCCAGACACGCCAUCAAGCUGCUGUCGGUGUUGAACCAGAUGCCUCAGCGUCACGGCCCUGACACCUUCUUCAACUUCCCAGGACGCAGUGCGGCGGCCAUCGCCUUGCCGCCCAUCGCCAAGUGGCCGUACCAGAACGGCUUCACCAUCAACACCUGGUUCCGGCAGGAUCCUCUCAACAACAUCAACGUGGACAAAGACAAGCCGUACCUCUACUGUUUCCGCACCAGCAAAGGAAUCGGCUACUCGGCUCACUUCGUGGGGAACUGCCUCAUCGUGACCUCGCUCAAGUCCAAGGGGAAAGGCUUCCAGCACUGUGUCAAGUACGACUUCCAGCCCCGCAAGUGGUACAUGAUCAGCAUCGUCCACAUCUACAACCGCUGGAGGAAUUCCGAGAUCCGAUGCUACGUCAACGGUCAGCUGGUCUCCUACGGCGACAUGGCCUGGCACGUCAACACCAACGACAGCUACGACAAGUGUUUCCUGGGAUCCUCCGAGACGGCGGACGCCAACAGGGUGUUCUGCGGUCAGCUGGGCGCCAUCUACGUCUUCAGCGAAGCUCUCAAUCCCGCUCAGAUCUUCGCCAUCCACCAGCUGGGACCCGGGUACAAGAGCACGUUCAAGUUCAAGUCGGAGAGCGACAUCCACCUGGCCGAGCACCACAAGCAGGUGUUGUACGACGGCAAGCUGGCCAGCGCCAUCUCCUUCACGUACAACGCCAAGGCCACCGACGCUCAGCUCUGCCUGGAGUCCUCGCCGCGGGAGAACGCCUCCAUCUUUGUCCACUCGCCGCACGCCCUCAUGCUGCAGGACGUGAAGGCCAUCGUGACCCACUCCAUCCACAGCGCCAUCCACUCCAUCGGCGGCAUCCAGGUGCUCUUCCCGCUCUUCGCCCAGCUGGACUACAAGCAGCUGAACGACAGCCAAGUGGACACCAGCGUGUGCGCCACGCUGCUGGCCUUCCUGGUGGAGCUGCUGAAGAGCUCGGUGGCCAUGCAGGAGCAGAUGCUGGGCGGCAAAGGCUUCCUGGUCAUCGGCUACCUGCUGGAGAAGUCCUCGCGGGUCCACAUCACGCGGGCCGUCCUGGAGCAGUUCUUGUCCUUCGCCAAGUACCUGGACGGUCUGCCUCACGGGGCGCCGCUCCUCAAACAGCUGUGUGACCACGUCCUGUUCAACGCCGCCAUCUGGAUACACACGCCUGCCAAGGUGCAGCUGUCUCUCUACACCUACCUGUCGUCAGAGUUCAUCGGCACGGCAACCAUCUACUCCACCAUCAGGCGUGUGGGCACGGUGCUGCAGCUCAUGCACACCCUCAAGUACUACUACUGGGCGGUACACCCUCUGGACUGCAGCGCCAUCACACCCAAGGGCCUCGAUGGACCACGGCCGUCCCAAAAAGAGAUCAUCUCUUUGCGAGCCUUCAUGCUGCUCUUCCUCAAGCAGCUCAUACUCAAGGACCGCGGGGUGAAGGAGGACGAGCUUCAGAGUGUGCUCAACUACCUGCUGACCAUGCACGAGGACGAGAACAUUCACGACGUGCUGCAGCUGCUGGUGGCUCUGAUGUCAGAACACCCCGCCUCCAUGAUACCUGCCUUCGACCAGAGGAACGGCAUCAGGGUGAUCUGCAAGCUGCUGGCCUCCAAGAGCGAGAGUAUUCGAGUCCAGGCCCUCAAAGUACUCGGAUACUUCCUCAAGCACCUGGGACACAAGAGGAAGGUGGAGAUCAUGCACACCCACAGUCUGUUCACGCUGCUGGGUGAGAGGCUGAUGAUGCACACCAACAACGUCUCCAUCACCACCUACAACACUCUGUACGAGAUCCUGACGGAGCAGGUGUGCACCCAGGUGGUCCACAAGCCACACCCCGAGCCCGACUCCACCAUCAAGAUUCAAAACCCCAUGAUCCUGAAGGUGGUGGCCACGCUGCUGAAGAACUCCUCGCCCAGCGCGGAGCUGAUGGAAGUGAGGAGACUCUUCCUCUCCGACAUGAUCAAGCUCUUCAGCAACAGCCGGGAGAACCGGCGGUGUCUGCUGCAGUGCUCGGUGUGGCAGGACUGGAUGUUCUCGCUGGGCUACAUCAACCCCAAGAACCCCGAGGAGCAGAAGAUCACGGAGAUGGUCUACAACAUCUUCCGGAUCCUGCUCUACCAUGCCAUCAAGUACGAGUGGGGGGGCUGGCGGGUCUGGGUGGACACGCUGUCCAUCGCGCACUCCAAGGUGACGUACGAGGCCCACAAGGAGUACCUGGCCAAGAUGUACGAGGAGUACCAGCGGCAGGAGGAGGAGAACAUGAAGAAGGGUAAGAAGGGCUCCGUGUCCACCAUCUCCGGCCUGUCCGCCUCCCCCGCCCCCGUCGUCAACGGCAACCUGGAGAUGGACGACAUAUCGCAGACGCCCGAGAGCGAGGCGGAGUACGGCGAGGGCGCCGCCGGCGACUCGCGGAACCUCCUGGCGGAGGGCGUCGUCAAGCGGCCCGACGCCCUGACGCCGUCGGAGCCCGGCGGCCCCGGCGUGAGGGUGGAGGUCCACGACCUGCUGGUGGACAUCAAGGCCGAGAAGGUGGAGGCCACCGAGGUCAAGCUGGACGACCUGGACUUGUCCCCCGAGGGCCUGGGCGGGGCCGGCGGAGGGGGCGGCAUGGAGAACGGCCCCCUGGUGGAGGUGGACUCGCUCCUGGACAGCGCCUACUGCGCCGUGGUCCAGAACCUCAACGGCGGCCUGGUGCCCAAGGAGGACGCGGCCGGGUCGGGGGCCGGGCUGGGGCUGGGUCUGGCGGGGGUCACGCUGGCGGACGAGGGCAACAUGGGGCCCCUCAUCACGCUGGCCGACGAGAAGGACAGCGUGCCCAGCAACAACGGCUUCCUCUUCAGCAAGGUUGACGAGAAGCUGCUUCCUGCUCUGGCUGCCAGCGACGCCCUGGUGCUGCCGAGUCCGGACCAGCCCCCCCCUCCCGGCGCCAGCGACGACCUCAGCCUGCUGGCGCACAUGACCAGCUGCGGCUCCGACUUGACCCGGGUCCACGGCGCCGGGGAGCUCCCCGAGGACGGACCCUUCAAGAUCCAGAGCCCGCUGGCGGACAUCAGCUCCAUCGCAGAGAGCCGGGCCCAGAACCGAGGAGCCUCUCAGCAGACGGACUUCCCCGAGGGACCGGCGGCGUCCGGCGCCGAGGUGGACGGCGCCGGCUCCAAGGCGGGCGGAGACGCGGCCAGCGUGACUUCGGACACGGAGAGGUCGGACGACGGCAAGGAAAAAGACGCCAAGAAGAUCCAGACCACCGCCACCACGCAGGCUCUGCACGGCCGCAGCGCCGCCCAGCUGGAGCGAGACCUGCGCGUGGAUCUGGGUUUCCGAGGCAUGCCCAUGACGGAGGAGCAGCGCAGGCAGUUCAGCCCGGGUCCCCGGACCACCAUGUUCCGGAUCCCAGAGUUCAAGUGGUCUCCCAUGCACCAGAGACUGCUCACAGACCUGCUGUUUGCCCUGGAGACUGACGUGCACGUGUGGCGCAGUCACUCCACCAAGUCGGUGAUGGACUUCGUCAACAGCAACGAGAACAUCAUCUUCGUGCACAACACCAUCCACCUCAUCUCCCAGAUGGUGGACAACAUCAUCAUCGCCUGUGGGGGCAUCCUGCCUCUCCUGUCUGCUGCCACCUCGCCCUCUAGUUCUAAGAGUAGUGCCAGCAGUGGACCCCAGAGGGGGUCAAAGGGCGAGGAGGUGACCCCUGUACCGGGGGGAGAGACGGAGCUGGAGAACAUCGAGGCGACGCAGGGCAUGUCCUCGGAGACGGCGGUCACCUUCCUGUCGCGCCUCAUGGCCAUGGUGGACGUGCUGGUGUUUGCCAGCUCGCUCAACUUCAGCGAGAUCGAGGCGGAGAAGAACAUGUCGUCUGGCGGCCUCAUGAGGCAGUGUCUGCGCCUGGUGUGUUGCGUGGCAGUGAGGAACUGUCUGGAGUGCAGGCAGCGGCAGCGAGAUCGUAACUGCAAGUCGUCUCUCAGCGGCAGCAAGUCUCAGGACAGCCUCCACAGCGCCUCGGCCGCUAGCAAGCAGGACCCAGACCGACUCCUGCAGGACGUGGACAUCAACAGGCUCCGUGCGGUGGUUUUCCGAGACGUGGACGACAGCAAGCAGGCUCAGUUCCUGGCACUGGCCGUGGUCUACUUCAUCUCCGUGCUCAUGGUGUCCAAGUACCGGGACAUCCUGGAGCCCCAGCGGGAGAUCAGCAGGUCCACCAGCCUAUCAGGGCGCAGCAUUCGCCAGGAGAUCAACUCCCCCACCAGCACAGGUGCGCCUGCUUGGUCCUGCCUCACAUGUGACAGGUGGAUGAGGUCUCUGCUCCUACUCACCUCCCCAGAACACGCGUCCUCAGGCUUCUCCGAGCGUGACAAGCAGACGCCCACCCCUGUGGACGACUCCCCUCGUGGAGGCCUCCCCCACACGGACUCGGGCAUCGGCGAGGAGGGCCACGUCACCGGAUCCCUGAACGGCUCCGAGAUGGGCCUGGGCCUGGGUCUGGGCCUGGGCCUGGUGGGACGGGAGACGGACAGGGACCGGGACGGGGGGGCGGAUCUGCUGUGCAGUUUGUCCGACGUCAGGAGGUCGCAGGAGAGCCUUCUGGACUCCCCCCACAACCCGGGCGGCCCCCACCACUCCGGCCAGGCUCCGCCUUCGUCCAUUUCUAGCAUCAGUCAGACCAACAAAGGCAUCAACGUCAAGGAGAUCCUGAAGAGCUUGGUCGCUGCCCCGGUGGACGGCGGAGACUCGGGCCAGGAGUCCGGCCCGACGCCCUACCACCCGGACCCAGCCCUGAAGACGCACCCCAUGCUGCCCAUGCAGUUCCACUCCUUCGACAGGAGUGUUGUGGUUCCCGUCAAGAAGCCGCCGCCCGGCAGCCUGUCCGUCAACACCGUGGGCACGCCCACCACCGGCGCCGCCUCCACGGCCGGCAGCACGCCGAACAUCUUUGCUGCUGCCACGGCAACGCCCAAGAGCAUGAUCAACACCACAGGUGCCGCAGACUCCGCCUCCUCCUCCUCGUCCUCGUCCUCGUCGUUUGUCAACGGCGCCACCAGCAAGAACCUGCCGGCCGUCCAGAUGGUGGCGCCCAUGCCUGAAGACACCAUGGAGAACAUGAGUGCCUAUUGCGAGGUGGCGCAGUGUGCGUUGCGCAGCGGUCAGACGCCCCCUGAGCUCAAGUCUUUUAGCUCCCUGGCAGGCUUCCAGGCAGCCCCCCGAGAUGCAGGACAGUGUUUUAGCAUCACCACCAAGCUGGAGCGCGCCCUGGAGAAGGUGGCCCCCCUGCUGAGGGAGAUCUUUGUGGACUUUGCCCCCUUCCUGUCCCGCACCCUGCUGGGGAGUCAUGGGCAGGAACUGCUCAUUGAAGGUACAGGUCUGGUGUGCAUGAAGUCCAGCACGUCGGUGGUGGAGCUGGUCAUGCUGCUCUGCUCUCAGGAAUGGCAGAAUUCCAUCCAGAAAAACGCUGGCUUGGCUUUCAUCGAGCUGAUCAACGAGGGAAGACUUCUGUGCCACGCCAUGAAGGAUCACAUCGUGCGCGUGGCCAACGAGGCGGAGUUCAUCCUCAACCGACAGCGAGCCGAGGACGUGCACAAACAUGCAGAGUUUGAGUCCAACUGUGCGCAGUACGCCGCCGACCGCCGCGAGGAGGAGAAGAUGUGCGACCACCUGAUCAGCGCCGCCAAGCACCGAGAUCAUGUGACCGCCAACCAGCUGAAGCAGAAGAUCCUCAACAUCCUGACCAAUAAGCACGGAGCCUGGGGGACCAUGUCUCAGAGCCAAUUGCAUGACUUCUGGCGUCUGGACUACUGGGAGGACGACUUGAGGAGGAGGCGGAGAUUCGUGAGAAACGCUUUUGGCUCCACCCACGCCGACGUGUCACUCAAAGCUAUUGAGGACUACGGCACAGAGGAAGAAGGGGAGGAGCCUAAGUCCAAAAAGAGCUUCCGCAGCCAAUCAGUGGUGGCGCAGAACCCGGAGGCGGAGUUGAUGCUGGAGGGCGACGAUGACACGGUCAGCCUUCUGCAGGAGAAAGAGAUUGACAACCUCGCAGGUCCCGUAGUGCUGAGCACGCCGGCCCAGCUGGUGGCGCCGGUGGUGGUGGCCCGCGGCACCCUGUCCAUCACCACCACUGAGAUAUACUUCGAGGUGGACGAAGAGGACACCGCCUUCAAGAAAGCUGACGCUAAAGUGCUGGCCUACUCGGAGGGUCUGCACGGCAAGUGGAUGUUCAGCGAGAUCCGGGCGGUCUUCUCCAGGCGUUACUUGCUGCACAACACGGGCCUGGAGGUCUUCAUGGCCAACAGAACCUCCGUCAUGUUUAACUUCCCCGACCAGGCCACGGUGAAGAGGGUGGUCUACAGCCUCCCGCGGGUGGGGGUGGGAACCAGCUACGGUCUGCCGCAGGCCAGGCGCAUCUCCUUGGCCACACCCCGCCAGCUCUUCAAGUCCUCCAAUAUGACGCAGCGUUGGCAGCGCAGGGAGAUCUCCAACUUUGAGUACCUCAUGUUCCUCAACACCAUCGCAGGGAGGACCUACAACGAUCUGAACCAGUACCCCAUCUUCCCCUGGGUCCUGACCAACUACGACUCGGAGGAGCUGGACCUCACGUUGCCCGGAAACUUCCGAGACCUUUCCAAGCCAAUCGGAGCUCUGAAUCCCAAGCGAGCCGCCUUCUACGCCGAGCGCUACGAGACGUGGGACGAGGACAGCACGCCCCCCGACCACUACACCACCCUCUACUCCACCGCGCACUCCACCCUCAUGUGGAUGCUCAGAAUAGAGCCCUUCACCACGUUCUUUCUCAACGCCAAUGGCGGAAAGUUCGACCAUCCGGACCGGUCCUUCUCUGGCAUCGGGCGCUCCUGGAGGAACUGCCAGAGGGACACGGCCGACGUCAAGGAGCUCACCCCGGAGUUCUACUACCUGCCCGAGAUGUUCGUCAACAGCAACGAGUACGAGCUCGGCGUGCGCGACGACGGGCUUCCUGUCUGCGACGUGGAGCUCCCCGUGUGGGCCAAGAAACCCGAGGACUUUGUGCGCAUCAACCGCAUGGCGCUGGAGAGCGAGUUUGUGUCGUGUCAGCUCCACCAGUGGAUCGACCUGAUCUUCGGCUACAAGCAGCGAGGGCCCGAGGCCGUGCGGGCGCUCAACGUCUUCAACUUCCUGUCCUACGAGGGCGCCGUCAACCUGGACGUCCUGGAGGCGCCGCAGAGAGAGGUGGGUCGCCACGGCAACGGGUCCCACAACGACGCUGACGCCUGUGUUUUGUGGCGGCAGGUGAUGGAGGCGCAGAUUCAGACGUGCGGGCAGAUCCCCUCGCAGCUCCUCAUCGAGCCACACCCACCUCGCUCCUCCGCCAUGCACCUGUGUUUCCUUCCCCAGAGUCCUCUGAUGUUUAAGGAUCAGAUGCAACAGGACGUCAUCAUGGUGCUCAAGUUCCCCUCCAACUCGCCCGUCACGCACGUGGCCGCCAACACGCUGCCGCACCUCAGCAUCCCCGCCGCCGUCACCGUCACCUGCAGCCGCCUCUUCGCCGUCAACCGCUGGCACAACACCGUCGGCCUGCGUGGCGCCCCAGGAUACUCCCUGGAACAAGCCCACCACCUGCCCAUCGAGAUGGACCCUCUCAUAGCGAACAACUCGGGCACCAACAAGCGUCAGAUCACCGACCUGGUGGACCAGAGCAUCCAGAUCAACACGCACUGCUUCGUGGUGACGGCCGACAACCGCUACAUCCUGGUGUGCGGCUUCUGGGACAAGAGCUUCCGCGUCUACUCCUCUGAGACGGGGAAGCUGACCCAGAUCGUGUUCGGCCACUGGGACGUGGUGACGUGUCUGGCCAGGUCCGAGUCCUACAUCGGAGGGGACUGUUACAUCGUGUCGGGCUCCAGGGACGCCACUCUUCUUCUGUGGUACUGGAGUGGACGCCACCACAUCAUUGGGGACAACCCCAACAACAGUGACUAUCCCGCCCCCCGGGCCGUCCUGACGGGACACGACCAUGAGGUGGUGUGCGUGUCCGUCUGUGCUGAGCUGGGAUUGGUCAUCAGCGGGGCCAAAGAGGGUCCCUGCCUGGUCCACACCAUCACAGGAGACCUCCUGAGGGCCUUGGAGGGCUCCGAGCUGUGCCAGCAGCCUCGUCUGAUCUCCGUGUCCAGCGAGGGUCACUGCAUCAUCUACUACGAGCGAGGACGCUUCUGCAACUUCAGCAUCAACGGGAAGCUGCUGGCCCAGAUGGAGGUCAACGACUCCACGCGGGCCAUCUUGCUGAGCAGCGACGGACAGAACCUGGUGACGGGCGGCGACAACGGCGUGGUGGAGGUGUGGCAGGCGUGUGACUUCAAGCAGCUUUACAUCUACCCGGGAUGCGACGCCGGCAUCCGCGCCAUGGACCUCUCCCACGACCAGAGGACCCUGAUCACGGGCAUGGCGUCGGGCAGCAUCGUGGCGUUCAACAUCGACUUUAACCGCUGGCACUACGAACACCAGAACCGCUACUGAGGACCACCGAGCAGGUGGGAGGGUGUGGGGGGCGGUUCUGUUCCCCCUGGCCCGGUGAUUCUGAUGGAACUACUUCCUGUGUGUGGUCUCACACACACACACACACACACACACACACACACUGAGCCCAAAGACACACACCGACAACGACGUGCGGAACGGCGGCGAGGAGGCGUGGCUUCUCGCUCGGUUCUGGUUCUGUUCGUGCCGGAAGGCUUCAGACUCGAUUUGGUUUUCUCCUUCAUAACUUUGUCCAAUUUACCCGCGGCGGCCCAGUAGGAUUUGUAUUCUUUCACCGCCGCAGAUUUAGAUGAUGUAAAUAAGCUCCGCCUCUUUAAUUUAUUGUCUGUAACAUAGCGUGUAAUAUUCCCGACCACGCCAGGCCAAGUCGAGGAUGGUGAGGGCUUUUCUGCCGGAGACGUCAGCGCCGCGUUCGAUUCCCGCUUUUAUUUUUUCUACAUCCGGUGAUGGCUCUGUCAAAUAUGUACAUAAAGUCUCGCUUCGGACCCGUUUGGAGACGAAAUCAGCUGACUGACAGCUUUCACUUUCACUUUCAUUUGUUGACUUAAGGCAAAAAUCAAUGUUUGUUUUGUAUUUGCACUUUACACCAAUCGUUAUUAUUUAUUGUUAUUAUUAUUCUUCUAAUUAUUAUGAUUCUAAUUCUGGUUUGGGUCCAUGGAUGUUUGUGUUUCCCGCGUGUGGCGAAGACGUUCUUCAGCAAUACGACGCGCUCAUCGUUUCAUCACGCCACAGGAUCCGCCUCCAAAAAGAAGGAAGGAGAAAAAAAAACAAAAUAAAAAAUAAAAAAACAAGCUGAAAUAUUUUUGGAUCUACGAAACCCUUAAAAAAAAAAAAAUAUUGUAUUCCUGUUUUAUUGCAAAGAUGUAAAAUAUGACAUGUGUGAGUUGGGGGAGGGGAAAUCAUGAUAAGAAAAAUAAAUUAUGCAAAGAAUUUCGAGACUUGGCUUUAACUUCCCUUGACCAGCAGGGGGCGCUUAGGACCGCUUUUAAUGGCGUCGAAAAAAAUACAUUUCAACACAAACUGACUGGAAAAUGUGUUUUGUUGUCACGUUGUGUAAAUAGUAAAUAAAAAUAGAAUACAACAAAUCCUUAACUUAUAUUCAAUUGAAAAGACUGCAAAGACAACAUAUUUCAUGUUCACACUGAGAAACUUUGUUAUUUGUUGCAAAUAUUAGCUCAUUUGGAAUUUGAUGCCUGCAACAUGUUUCA